GCCGCCGCCGCCACACAACACGCGGAAGCGUCGCGCCGAACUGUGACGCCCGCACUGCGCGAACCGCGAGCCGGCGGGCCACGAUCGAGAGAGAGUCCCGCGCGAGGAGAAACCUGUCUCCGUCGCAGUGAGAUAAGGGUCGACGCUUUUCUGUGGGCGACGACAACGAACCCGCCGCCUCGCUGCCCCCGGUUGCACUGAAAGGUUUGCAUAACCUUGACAUUGGCACGUUUCGGCGCUUCGGCGGCAAGACACAGCCGACACUGUGUGACGAAGGUCACGCCUCCGUGCGCAACAGAUGGCCAGCCUCCUUUGGAUCGCGUACAAGAUCGCUCUGCUCUGCCUGGUGAUUCACGCCGAAUGGGCAUCCGACGCCACCGAAGUAGUCAUCGGUCGCACAAUACCGAACGACCCCAAGACCAUUCCCGUGGUGACGACUCGGAGCGGCGCCAUUUCCGGAGAAACAGUCGAAUACCUGGACAAGAGCGUGAACGUGUUCCUCGGUAUUCCCUAUGCCGAGCCUCCAGUCGGACAUCUGCGCCUGCGGAAACCACUGCCGAUCGAGCCCUGGCCUGGAACGCUGAACGCAACCAAGCGGCCGAACCAGUGUCCUCAGAACCCAUUCGGCUGGCCUCCGAUGCCGGGAAAGUCGUACAACUGCAGCGAGGACUGUCUCUACCUCAACAUAUGGGCGCCCGCGCAAACCGACUCCGCCGAACUACGGAACGUCAUGGUGUGGAUUCACGGCGGCGACUUCGUUCUGGGCUCGUCUAGCUGGGAUUUCUACGACGGCGGCAUGCUCGCUGCGUACGGGGAAGUCGUCGUGGUCUCCAUGAACUACCGACUCGGGAGGCUAGGUUUUCUGAAUGCAGCCUCAGACGAGGCUCCCGGUAACCAGGGUUUGCACGACCAGAACAUGGCCCUGCGCUGGAUAAGGGAUAACAUUGUCUUCUUCGGCGGCAACAAGAGCGUCGUGACUCUGUUUGGGCAGGACGCCGGUGCGGCUUCGAUAGCCAUGCACAUGAUAUCUCCGCUAAGCACGGGACUCUUCAAGCGCGCCAUCCUGCAAAGCGGAGGGCCCUUCUGGAAGCUGCGCACUAGUUCCAUGAUAGAAGGUCACGUGCCGCUCAACACGAAGUCCGUGAAGAGGGUGCGCAACUGCACGAUGCGAACGCGGAAGCAGAUCGACGACGAGUUCGAGAAAGCGCUCGCCGACGCGGUUCUGCGCCGUGGCGUCGAAGACGUCUACCACAUGUACGGCCCGACGUUUGACAACGAGUUUCUGCCGCUGAACCCCCACAUGGCGUUCAGCAUGGGACUCUUCAACGAAGCCGACGUCCUGAUCGGGUCGAACAUCAACGAAGGCGCGUGGGAGUUCUUGCGACACAUGAGGUGGAGGACGUUCGUGAACUCAUCCGAGUUCACUUCUCUAAAACUGUUGCACUAUAUAAAGCUGUUCUUCAACGAGUAUGGCUUCAGAAAGCACUUAGGCUCUCAGGCCACGGAGGGUGUGUAUUACUACUUCGCUUCUAAUUUGAGAGGCCUGGACGUUCUGCACAACAGGGAACACGUUUUCGAUUUCAUCGGCGACUACCUGUACACGUGUCCGACGAAGUAUUUCGCCGAGGCCCUUGCUGACCACAACGCGACGGUUUACUUCUAUCGGUUCAGCCACGCCACUGCAAGGCAGGAGAGACCCAUGUGGGCUUCGGCGACCCACUUCGACGAGAUCCCGUUCGUCUUCGGCCGACCACUUCGCCACCCCGAGAGGUAUACGACUGUGGAAAAGGAGCUAAGUGUCGCCAUGAUGGACGCCUGGGUAUCCUUUGCGAAGAACGGGAAACCAAAAACACCGUCUGGAGAGCCGUGGCCCAAGUACUCGACAAAGCGGCCGUUGUACCUCGACAUGACAUCUAAGGGCUUCAUCACAGAGAUAGGACCUAGAACAGAAGGUUGUUCCUUCUGGAGGACGUUUCACAACUUCGAUCUCUGGCGAAACACUGCUAGAAUGGAUUUCUGAUUCGCGGAGCACGUUUAUGAAGCCUCUCGCGCGUUUAGCAGUCAAAGUAGCUCGAGGUCAAACGCACACAGCCGACACUUUUGGGACGUAGUGACAUUAUCAUGUUAUACAACUUAGAAGUGUUAUCUUUAUAAUGCGGUUGUCUAUACUGUUCUCAUCCUUCAUUUGAAAUCUGGUUAGCGAAAACAUUCCUAUUUCUUUUAUUUUUUAUCGAACGUGAAAUGUAAUACGGAAUGAAUAUGCAAGAAUGCGAGAACAAUAGACGUUAGACAAAGCACUGCCUGCCAGUGUCACGAAUUGCCUCCUUUCAUCGCUUUAUAUUCGAUAUAUACACGCAACUCAUGAACAAUAAUUUUACCUAUCGUUCCUACUCUCAUGCUAAAACGCAGACUCACUAUACAUAGACGGUAUGUAUCCAUCCUCCCAUACAGUCUCCUCAUUUAUACACUACACACGUGGAGACUGAACGCCAUAUAUGCAUCGAACAUAUCGCACCAACUUCGAACACACACAAGCAACCGGUGGUUCCAUUCUGGACAUUAACUUCCCUCGUCUUCCCCCAGAUGCCCGACAACUGUGCGAACUGAGAAUAUUUUUUUAAAUUCUGAAGCCGCCAUUAGCGAUCACAUACAUAAAACGGACUGGAUAUAUUGCCCCCAGCUCCACUUAUAACGGACUGCGAUGACGCAUCCUUCUCGGCAGACGAUGUAUAGCGCGAUUGAAACUCGAGCCUUAUCAAUGUAAACUUUCUCUUCCAUUUCCGGUGGCUAAAUAUGUUCCAUUACAUUUCAUCGUCGCCCAUUAUCUGUUCUUUUUGUUUCUUAGUUUCUAGGGGCCUACACCGAAGACAUUCAUCCAUAGCUGCGGCGCAUGCGCUUUGUUUCUUGGCGCUCCUCAGUUUAGCGAAGCAUCGUGCACAGCGUAGUGAAACCCAUCUUGAAUAACGUUUACUUUUCACCAGUGCGAUAGUAUCGUCGCAUGUAAUUUAUUGCUCCCACUUCAGUGAGUUGUAACCCACUCAGCUUUUGACUGGUGCGUGAUCAAACCUGGAGCCCAACAAACGUCGACCGCUUCACUCUUCCAGGUGCGGUCACAGCACUGCGGCAGUUCACAAAAGCCCACAUCACCACCGCUGUUACAUUCGUCUAAUCAUACUUUGUUCUUUAUGUGUGACUGCAGCACAUGCACCGCGCAGAGCAGUCUGCUUGCGCUGUCUCGUAGACAGCUGUUGGGCUAGUUACUUGUGAUGUAAAAAACACAACAUAAAAAAAGCGAACGCACAAAUAAUACUUGACGAGUGCAUAUAGAUGCGUAAAAUCCAAGUGUCCUUCCUGAAUAUUGAUUCUCUUUUUCUGUGUGUUGGUCUACUUGCAUACUGUAAUUGCGUGGAGAAAGAUUUUAAACUGCCGAUUGCCCCCCUCUGCAAUGUUAAGCGAACGGACAAAUAGAAAAUGGAAACGCAUCAGACACUCUGUGUGGAGUAAAAUCUGGAAUUGGGAACACAAUGGGGAGCACAAGGCUAUUUUUGAAACAAUAAAUUUGAUUGAAAACAAAAGAA